UAAAACGUGAAUUGUAACAGUUGUUGUGGUUGCUUUUUUUGUGGAUACAAAUCAUACUCGGCAUGAUAACUGGCGCUGAGGGUAGACAAACACAUACUUUGUUGGACUUAAAAAAGCAGCAAUGGGCUAAGGAACGUGAGGAAAUCGCCCGCAUGGACGAACUUAUCUCCUCCUCCCAUCAUCAUCAGCACUCUACCAUGGCAUCUUCGCACCAUCACAAAAUCGAACGCACCUCCAUACGCACCUACUACUCGAACCUGGAUGUAAGCCAGUCGCAAACACAAAAUCACCAGCGCAGCUCACGCCAGCAACAGUUUCGCCAACAACAACAACAAAUUCCACAAGCAAUCCAGCCCUACGCACCGGAAUUGGUACCACGCUAUCCGCAACACAAUCCAAAUCCUUAUGCCGUGCCGUUGUCUCAGGCCACUAUGCAUCCGCAACAUAUGGCACGCCAGAAGCAAAAAGUACUGCGUGGCGGCAAUAGUUAUGAUUAUGAGCUCGAACGCUAUAUUGAUGUGGUAGAUGAUGAGUCUGAUUAUGAGGAUGAUGAAAUCACAGCCAGCUAUCAGCGUGGACAACCGCCAGUUAGACGUGCUUCAUUUAUGCCACGCGCACCUGGACGUCGCAAUCAUACGACCAGCAUGAUGUCACAAAUUCCAGGACAACGCAAUGCUGCCUACGAUGAGUUGAUACUACCAGGUGCUGGUCUGCAAACGGCUAAGGCGCGCAUGCAACACGCAGCACCAGUGCAUUUGCAGCAACCACAACACCCACAAAUGCGCAUACGAAGCCCGAGUUUGCCUAUUAUACGCCACGAGGACUACCGCACGCGCCAGGCGCAACAAAAGUUGGCAGGGAAGCCGAAAGGAGUAGAGAAAAUACCUACACAAGCCACACAAUUAACGCCAGCGGCAUUUGAUGGUGGAAUUCCUGUGGGUGCACCUAGCAACAUGCCGCAUCGAUCUAAUAAUGAAAACAAUCCAGGCAAUCCUGGUUGCCAGGAGGAAGACACGUCGGGCUAUCGCAGCGAUUCACCGAAAAAUGCACACACGCCAGAAAUCUGGUACAAUGAUGGCGCUAGCCUGCAAGGCAGCAGCAGCACGACGAAUAGUGGCGCUAACGGUACGGAUGGCAGUGGCGUUGGCGUUGGAGUGGGUGGAGCGCCCGUUGCUAUUGGUAGUGUGGGAGGCGUUAACGAAGUGGCCGAUGUCAUUGCGAGGCGCACAAAAAGAUCGAUAACGGGUCAACAACUUGUUCAAAACCAAAAACAACAACAAGUGCAACAAUAUGCAUGUGAUGAAGAGCAGCAGCAGCAGCAGCAGCAACAACAAAUUUUGAAUUCCACCUACGUUGUGGCACGUACGUAUAACAGCGGCAUGGAAGACAGUUGCCAGGGCAGCUAUUACAUGACGCCACAGAGUCCCUCUAACCACAGUACACGCGAUAUAUCCACUUCGAAUACCUAUCCCAUACAUCCAGGCGACCAACACGACUACUACGCAACCACAACGGCAUCACAGCAGGCACAUGAGGAACGCGAACGUGCCAAGUGGUCCAAUUACAAUAACAGCAGCGUUCAUAGCGAGUACUCGCUAAAACAGAACAUCGGUCCGAACUGGCUGAAUCGUGGGCUACACGAACUGAAAGACAGCGAAGACGAUACGCAGUCCAUGCACUCCUCUUAUAUACGCGGCCAAAACGCACCCGUAGAUCCAGUCACUAUGGCCGAGCGCAUCGAUAAACGCCGCAAAGCAGCCGAAUACCAUAACGCAAUCAAGCAGCAGCUACACGAGCGUGAAAUGCAGCGUAAAUGGGAAAUCGAACGACACAAGCAGGAGGAGAUGCUGGAAGAUGAACGCCUGCGUAGACAGGCACAACUCGAGCAAGAACGUUUGGAGUGGGAACGCCGCCAGCAAAUGGAGCGCGAACAGGUGCAACAGAAGAAGCAGCAGGUUAUGUUGGAUGCGAUCGCAAAGGCUGAAGAAGCAGCCAAGCAGGAGAAGCAACGCAAGAGAAAGCAGCGAGUGCCAGCAUUCGAGCAGGAACAAGAGAAACAUGAGCAGCCAACACAGUUGGCAGUUGGAAAUAAAGUGGCAGUAGAAACGGAAGCUAAAGAGACGUUAGCAAAAAGUAACACUAGAAAAAUGGUCAAGAGAAGUGUACCAGCAAACCAAGUAGUUGAGAAAUCUGAGCUGACUAAACAAUUUGAGGUUGGAGGGAAAACUGAAAAGCCGCAUAAAGUACAGGCAAUACGGUUGCAGAGUAUUGAAGAGCCCGCUGAGCAAUCAACGACUCCACCACCGGAUGUGGAAGAAGCAAUGAAAAUUCAAAACCGAGUAGCGCAGACAAAUGCGAAGAAUGAACAAAUGAGUCGAGAAGCGGAGGAGGUUGAGGAAGAAGAAAAAGUACUCAUUGGCACGCCCAUAAAUAUGCGUCGAAAUGUCAAGAAGAAGACCGUACACGCUGCCGAUGUGAAGAAGGAUUCCAAAAAGCAGCAGCUUUACGGCGAUGCACAAGAAAAUGUUGCAGUGAUCAUGCAACCAGCCACACUGAUCCCACUGCCCGUGACCAGCGACAUAUUUGGGCUGCAAAACGCCAUAGGUAAUUUACAAAUCGCCACCUAUUGGAUGCAGCAGCAGCUAAAACCGAACACAGCCGCUUCGACGAUGGACUUUUCUAAAACUACUGGCGAUGGCACACAACGUACGAACACCUCGAUCUCAACAGAAGAUGGCUAUCAGAUGGAAAGUGUUGUAGAGGAUGAAGGAAAGGGUGUUGUGGAAGUUGGCGUUCAACCGGUUGUUGAGAAGCAAGACCCCGACGGAAUAGUGCAUAAUGAUGGCAAAGUCGAGCGAACUAAAAAAGAGCUGGCGCUCAUUCCACUAGAGGCUGCAGGCACAGUUGACACAUCUAAACUGGCAAUUAAUCAGCAAGCACAGCAGGAUGUAGAAACACAAACGGAACUGCCACUAAAUUGUGAUCUUUGCUUGUUUCACGACAAUUUCUAUAAAGUGCUGCUAAAGCGUGAAGUUUCCACCACAACAACAACGCAAACUUCGAAAAGUAAAAGCAAACCCGCUAAAGAGGCGGACAAAGACCAAGAGAUGACGACUACCACCACUACCACAACAACCACCACCUUCAAGGCGAAGGCCAAAGACAAGGAUAAGGACAAGGAGAAGGAUAAGGAGAAGGACAAAGAUAAAGAUAAAGAUAGAGACAAAGACAAGGAACGCGACCGUACCAAGCGGAGCCAGAAGGAUGGCGGCUUACACAAUGCGAAUGUUGCCAUAAGCACGCACAAUAACAACAACCACAAGGUAGACGAUCGACCUAAGUGGGGUGUGAAUCGGCCUGUCGUGCAAUAUGUAAAGGCUAGCGAACGCGACCCAUUCUAUUUACGUAACAAGAAGAAGCAUAACAAUAAUCAACACGUCAAACCGUCACGCUCACAGUCGGUUGAUGCACGCCUAGAUAAUGCAAUCGCCGACACUGAAGAUGGCGGAGAGUUGCGUGGUGCAGAUAGCGCUUGUGAAGACGAAGGCACGUCAAAUGUGGAAGAGGGUUUCUUACUGAAAGCGCGUAAUGUUUGCACUGAAAUUUUACCCAUCAAGACGGAUGAGAAAGGACGCAUAUUCUUGAACUUUCACGAAGCGAGCGCCAUUAUGAACGAGGAUGAAAUCAAGGAUAAGCUGCGUCAACGGUAUUUUAACUUUGGUCGAAUAUUGCCGCGGCGUAGUUGGGCCUCGGCAACGCAGCAGGGUUUGCAAUUUCGAGCAGUGGCAGCGACCGCGGUGGCAACACAACCAACCGCACAUCUAGCCGAUGAUUAG